AGACUCAGAAAACUCCAGUGAACUUAAGCAUGGCGGGUACUGGGUUGGUGGCUGGAGAGGUUGUGGUGGAUGCGCUGCCGUAUUUUGACCAAGGUUAUGAAGCCCCUGGUGUGAGGGAAGCGGCUGCGGCGUUGGUGGAGGAGGAAACUCGCAGAUACCGACCUACUAAGAACUACCUGAGCUACCUGACAGCGCCGGAUUAUUCUGCUUUUGAAACCGACAUAAUGAGAAAUGAGUUUGAAAGACUGGCUGCCCGACAACCAAUUGAAUUGCUCAGUAUGAAACGAUAUGAGCUUCCAGCCCCUUCUUCAGGUCAGAAAAAUGACAUCACUGCAUGGCAAGAGUGUGUCAACAAUUCCAUGGCCCAGCUAGAGCAUCAGGCGGUCCGGAUCGAGAACCUGGAACUGAUGUCCCAGCACGGCUGCAAUGCCUGGAAAGUGUAUAAUGAAAAUCUAGUUCAUAUGAUUGAACAUGCACAGAAAGAGCUUCAGAAGUUAAGGAAACAUAUUCAAGAUUUAAACUGGCAGCGAAAGAACAUGCAACUCACAGCUGGAUCUAAAUUAAGAGAAAUGGAGUCAAAUUGGGUAUCCCUGGUCAGUAAGAAUUACGAGAUUGAAAGGACUAUUGUGCAAUUAGAAAAUGAAGUCUUUCAAAUGAAGCAGCAGCAUGGAGAGGCCAACAAAGAAAACAUCCGACAAGACUUCUGAAAAGACAAAUUAAUUUGGUGGAUAGAAGGGAAGGCAGGUUGGCCUUUUCCAGAUCAGACACUGGUCUGUGAAGGACAGCAGCAUCUUACGGAGAUCGUCAGUGACGUUUAGAAACCAUAAACAGUGGGCUAUUAAUAUUCUCUUUGUACGUUAGCAAAAUAAAAAAUUCAACUUGGUGGUAUAUUUUUGCGAUUAAAAAAAACCUUCAGACUUU